AGCCAGCUAAGAGUGGGAUUGUGACAGCCAGUGCCCUGGUGGAGGGGACUUGUUUUUCUUUCUCUCUGGAGACCUGGACUAGCGACUGGAUAAAGCUGUACCAAAAGGAUGUAAAUAGCAGAGCAACUGUUACCAAGAAGGCAGCCACCACCCAAAGGCAGGGAGGAACGCCGGGCUUUCUCCAGGCUGCGCCCAGUGGCAACAUUAGGCAACAAUCAGGUGGUGUUUGCAACUUUUCAAGGUCAGCUUGGGGGAUCGGCUUUUCCCUCGGAACCUUCGGGUGCACAGAGCUUGGGUUAGAUUUGGCUGCGAAAUGCACAGGACGCCAAACCUGGAAGGAUAGUAGGGGGUGUGUUGCUCCCUCCCCACACGCCAGCUCUGUUCCCUGCUCUCCCAGCAAUCUUCAGCUCCUCUCCACUACCCAGUGGUGAGUAUGUGACAUGUGUCUAACUCCCUGCACUAAGUUUGGCAGCAGGUGUCGGUACUAAGAUAGAGAAGGGCUACUAGGAGCGCCCUUGCCGAGCCAUGCCGGCCCGGGGCGCGCCUCUUUCGCGUACAUCGCAGCUGCUGCUCCUCCUGCUGCUGAAGGUUUCUGUCUCUACUGCCCUGAGCUUUGUCCCUGCGACCAGGAAUGGAACUUGUCUGGGGGAGAGCUGUUCCCCACUGCUCCAACGCAGCAGCAGGGAUGCCCAGGGACCAGGAAAUUCUGCCAGAGAGGUUCUGCGAGUCCGUAUGCCCAGGGAGCAACUGGAAGCCGAGGUGAGAGGGGCUACUUCCUGGGACCUCCCACUGGCCAGGGGCGGCAAGACAGGUGUGAGUGAAGAGGUGGCAGGUGCAGCAGCUGCUGGGCCCUUGGGUCCUCCAACCAAGCCACCUGGUGCCUGGAGGUGGAAAGGUGCCCAGAGUAAAGAGUCAUUCCGAAAUUUGGGAAGAAAAGACCCUAUGGACCGCCACCUUUUUCUUCAGACUUCGGAGGGGGAAGAGAUGAGUCCCAGGGACUCUGGCAUUCCGCGGAGCAGCCAGGAGCAGAGUGUGAAAACGGAACCUGAACCCAGAGAUCUUUUUUACUGGCCACGGAGAACUGGGCAACUCCAGGGCUCCCACCAAAAGCCUUCUCUGGGGCAUGAAGGGAGGACCAUUGCUCCCCCAGGCAGGGCACUACCACAAAACGGGUCUGUAGAUGACUGGGUCCCUGACCAAGGGGGUCCGCGCCGUGGAAACAGCACCAGCAGGCGCGUGAGACUGAAGAACCCCUUCUACCCCCUGACCCAGGAGUCCUAUGGAGCCUAUGCAGUCAUGUGCUUAUCUGUGGUGAUCUUUGGGACCGGCAUCAUUGGUAACUUGGCAGUGAUGUGCAUCGUGUGUCACAAUUACUACAUGAGGAGCAUCUCCAAUUCUCUCUUGGCAAACCUGGCCUUCUGGGACUUUCUCAUUAUAUUCUUUUGCCUACCCCUGGUCAUCUUCCAUGAGUUGACUAAGAAGUGGCUUUUGGAAGAUUUCUCUUGCAAGAUCGUGCCCUAUAUCGAGGUGGCUUCUCUGGGCGUCACUACUUUCACCUUAUGCGCACUGUGCAUAGAUCGCUUCCGGGCUGCCACCAACGUCCAGAUGUACUACGAAAUGAUCGAAAAUUGUUCUUCCACCACUGCCAAACUCGCAGUUAUCUGGGUUGGCGCUUUGCUGUUGGCACUUCCGGAAGUUGUCCUCCGCCAGCUGAGCAAGGAGGAUCUGGGCUUCAGUGGCCAGGUCCCUGCAGAACGGUGUGUCAUAAAGAUCUCUCCCGAUUUACCGGACACCAUCUAUGUUUUGGCUCUCACUUACGAUGGCGCAAGGCUCUGGUGGUACUUUGGCUGCUACUUUUGUCUGCCCACACUCUUCACCAUCACCUGCUCUCUGGUGACUGCGCGGAAGAUCCGCAAAGCAGAGAAGGCCAGUACCCGUGGGAACAAGCGGCAGAUCCAUCUGGAGAGCCAGAUGAACUGCACGGUGGUGGCCCUAACCAUUUUAUAUGGGUUUUGCAUCAUCCCCGAGAAUAUCUGCAACAUCGUCACCGCCUACAUGGCCACGGGCGUCUCACAGCAGACCAUGGACCUCCUCAACAUCAUCAGCCAGUUCCUCUUGUUCUUCAAGUCCUGUGUCACCCCCGUGCUCCUCUUCUGCCUCUGCAGACCCUUCAGCAGGGCCUUCAUGGAGUGUUGCUGCUGCUGCUGCGAGGAGUGCAUUCAGAAGUCGUCCACUGUGACCAGUGAUGACAACGACAAUGAGUACACCACAGAGCUGGAGCUGUCGCCCUUCAGCACGAUCCGCAGAGAGAUGUCCACUUUUGCUUCUGUGGGGACCCACUGCUGAAGCACCGGGCUUGGUCAGCUCAGAUAUCUUCAGUUUUCA